ACCGCUGCCGACCAUGGGGCUUCUGGAACUGUGCGAAGAACUAUUCGGCACCGCCGACCUUUACCAAGUAUUGGGCGUGCGGCGCGAGGCCUCAGACAGCGAGGUCCGACGCGGCUAUCACAAGGUGUCCCUGCAGGUGCACCCGGAUCGGGUGGGCGAGGGCGACAAGGAAGACGCCACCCGCCGCUUCCAGAUCCUUGGGAAGGUCUACUCGGUUCUGAGUGACAAAGAACAGAGAACAUUAUACGAUGAACAGGGAACAGUGGACGAGGAUUCUGAUGUGCUCAGCCAAGACCGGGACUGGGAGGCCUAUUGGAGAUUACUCUUUAAAAAGAUAUCUCUGGAAGACAUUCAGGCUUUUGAGAAGACAUACAAAGGUUCUGAAGAAGAGCUGACUGAUAUUAAACAGGCCUAUCUGGACUUCAAGGGUGACAUGGAUCAGAUUAUGGAGUCUGUGCUGUGUGUGCAGUACACAGAAGAACCCAGGAUAAGGCACAUUAUUCAACAAGCCAUUGAUGCUGGAGAGGUCCCAUCCUAUAAUGCCUUUGUCAAAGAAUCGAAGCAGAAGAUGAAUGCAAGGAAAAGGAGGGCUCAGGAAGAGGCUAAAGAAGCAGAAAUGAGCAGGAAGGAGUUGGGGCUUGAUGAAGGAGUGGAUAACUUGAAAGCAGCCAUUCAGAGCAGACAAAAGGAUCGGCAAAAGGAAAUGGACAAUUUUCUGGCUCAGAUGGAAGCAAAGUACUGCAAACCUUCCAAACGAGGAGGGAAAAAAACGACUCUCAAGAAAGAAAAGAAAUAAUGGAAUAUUCUCUUCAAAAGUCCAUAGGUGUUAACUGAUGCCUUUGUAGGGAAGGUACAGUCAAGAUUUGAAGAAAAAAGUCAACUCAACUCUUGAGAAAAGUUGUCUUUCAAGCCUAAAUUAUUUGGAUCAACUAUCUAAACCAAGUAGACUCUCUCAGCCUGGUCUUAGUAUAUCCUAGAAAUACGCUGACAUUCUGUGAGGUCCUCCUAUGAAGGAGUUUGGUGAUGGUCACUGAGGGAGCGGGAGGGUGAAUGCUUCCUUGAGAGUACUCUUCUGUAUGUCUUCUGUAUAAGAACUAUCUAGAAUGCAGAUCUGUCCCUACCACUUUUAGCGAUUGAUAUUUUGCCACAUAGGAGUGAGCUUCAGGGUAUUCAGUGGUGUGUGUUUUUUAGGACAUGUACUCCACCUAGCCUUCAACACUUGCUGGACAUCUAUUUUCCAAAUACUUGCCAGUUUGCUUGCAGUCUUAAUGUUCUUGCAUACGUCCUCUCUUUUUUUUUUCCCUCCUCAACCAAGUUUGGCACUCUUUGCUUGAGGUGUAUAGGAGAAACAGGUGUUCAGAUUACUUCAAGCACUUUUGUAAGAAUUGUAUAAGAUUAAAUAAUCAAGUGAAAGAUGACUGUUAAGUUCCCAGGACUUUUAAGUGAUCUCAAUAUGAUCAUUUAAGAGAUGAUUUAUUAAGUAUAUGAAUGGUGCCUAGGAUAAAGAAAAGAGAAGAAAAGUAGUUCUAGCCAGCAUUGUAGCAGAUAGCCUAGUUUAAGUUGCAAGAGAUGCUGUAACCCUCUCUGUAACUGCUGAAUGUCCUUAGAGUCAGGUUACUGAGCUUCUCAGAACUUGUUUCGUCAUCUAUAAAAGGGUGAGGCUAAAUGCCUUGUUAACUUCGACCUUGAAAGGCAAGCUGUCUUGAUCCAGUGGUUUGUUAUGUUCUUAUGGUAUUGAUUUGUGAGAACAGUACAGAGAUUUUCAUUUAUAUUUAGUAGAACUGGUAUGAGUUCAAUAGAAUAUAUGAAAAUUUCUUAGAGACUGUUCAACUUAAAAUCUCUGAUUUGUAAGCUAAUAUAUUUAAUACCAUAUGCAUAAAACAAGCCUGUUACUGAGACUC